AAGGAAACAUCCCCACCCUGGGUGCUGGUGAGCUGAUCAAAAAGCCCACGGUGUUUGCCGUGUCUUCGGACGUCCAUCGCCAUGGGGGACGGGGCUUCGGAGAUGCUGCUCGAAGCCUUGCGCGCGUUCUUGCGGCGACGCCUGAGGCGUCGCUUGUGCAAGGGAAGUACGUGGACUGGUGGGACGUUGGGGUUCAUUGUGGCGGAUUGCGCCUUCAGCUCCGAGCCAUAUGCCUGGAUGGUUCAUGCUUUAGCUUCUUUCUUGGACGACGCCCCAAGCACGCCCAAGUGCCCGCGCAUGGGGAAUUGGAUUUCUCAGGCUUUUGGAGUCCUCACACAAUCUGCAAGGCGGCCAAACGACGAGGACGCGUCUGAGGCGAAUUGGAUCGCCACCGCCUUCCAUGCCCUGGCGGUGCCCGGUGGGAUCGGGUCGCCACGGCCGGUGCAGAGGGAAGAUGAUCGCAGCAAUUGGAUCACCUCUGCUUUUGCAGCAUUAAGUGGUGCCUUGGUCUUAGAGGUGGCAGAGGCCCCGCCAGAAGGUUGGAUUUCCGAUGCACUGGUGGCGGCCACUCGCGAAGCCGGUAUGUGAGUUGAGUAGAGCCAGUGGCCAAGGGACGCGCUGCAGGUAUAUGUGUUUUUCGUUAUCGGCGAUCUGACCACUUAACCCAAUAUGGGAUGUUGAUGCUGUCACACAAGAUGCUGUUGAUGCU